GCGGCCUCUAUCGCCUCUGUCUCCAGCCCGUCCUGUUCAGGCGCGGAGCCCCCGAGCGCGCCGCGUGGGCACCCGGUUCACAGACAUGGGCAAGUGUAUCAGAGCGCGCUGGGUGGUCGUGGCGCUGGGCUGCGCGGGGCUGCUGUGCGCCGUGCUGGGCGCCGUCAUGAUUGUGGCGGUGCCUUCAAUCAUCAAGCAGCAGGUCCACAAGAACGUGCGCAUCGACCCCAGUAGCCUGUCCUUCAACAUGUGGAAGGACAUCCCCGUCCCCUUCUACCUCUCCGUCUACUUCUUCGACAUCGUCAACCCCAGCGCCAUCCUCCAGGGCCAGAAGCCGCAGGUGCGGGAGCGUGGGCCCUACGUGUACAGGGAGUUCCGGCACAAAACCAACAUCACCUUCAAUGACAAUGACACAGUGUCCUUCCUCGAGAUCCGCAACUUCAGGUUCCAGCCCGACAAGUCCAAUGGCCUGGAGAGCGACUACAUCGUCAUGCCCAACAUCCUGGUCCUGAGUGCAGCGAUGAUGUUGGAACAUAGGCCCAUGAGUCUGAAGCUGUUCAUGACCUUGGCGUUCUCGACCCUUAGCCAGCGUGCCUUCAUGAACCGCACAGUGGGCGAGAUCAUGUGGGGCUAUGACGACCCCCUCGUGAACCUCAUCAAUAACUACUUACCAGGCAUGCUCCCUCUGAAGGGCAAGUUUGGGCUGUUUGCUGAGCUCAACAACUCGGAUUCCGGGCUCUUCACCGUGUUUACGGGGAUCAAAGACUUCAGCCGGAUCCACCUGGUGGAUAAGUGGAACGGAGUCAGCAAGGUCAACUUCUGGCACUCGGACCAGUGCAACAUGAUCAAUGGGACGGCCGGGCAGAUGUGGGCGCCAUUCAUGACCCCUGAGUCCUCGCUGGAGUUCUACAGCCCGGAGGCCUGCCGGUCCAUGAAGCUCAUCUACCAAGACUCGGGGGUGUUCGAAGGAAUCCCCAUCUACCGCUUCAAGGCCCCUGACACCUUGUUUGCCAACGGGUCGGUCUACCCGCCCAACGAGGGCUUCUGCCCCUGCCUGCAGUCUGGGGUCCAGAACGUCAGCACCUGCAGGUUCAAUGCACCCUUGUUCCUCUCCCACCCUCACUUCUACAACGCCGACCCGGUCCUGGCAGACGCGGUGCUCGGCCUGCACCCCAACGAGAAAGAACACUCCCUGUUCCUGGACAUCCACCCGGUCACGGGGAUCCCCAUGAACUGCUCGGUGAAGCUGCAGCUCAGCCUGUACGUCAAAUCCGUCAAAGGCAUCGGGCAAACCGGGAAGAUCGCGCCAGUGGUCUUGCCGAUGAUGUGGUUUGAGGAGAGUGGAGCCAUGGAGGGUAAGACACUUCAGACAUUCUACACCCAGCUGGUGCUGUUGCCCAAGGUGAUGCACUACGCCCAGUACGUCCUUCUCGCCCUGGGGGUCGUCCUGCUACUCGUCCCUGUCAUCUACCAAAUCCGGAGCCAUGGUCCCGAAGAUGCCGAGGACCAGCCCGGCCCCGCCGCUCCGCCAGACCAGCUCCCCAGCCCCUCCACCCCGCUUCUUCAGGACCCCCUCAUCGGACAGCCUGCCUGUCCCACAGUCUGAGCUGCCCAGGUGCCUCACACACACACACACACACCCGCAUGCUGCACACGCCCCCAGCUCGUGUAAGCACACGCGUGCGCAGGUGUACACACACACUCAGGGAUGGAGAUGCUGCCGAGGGGAAUCAAGGAAAGAGGCUCGCCAAUGGGGACUGUUCCGGAACCUUCUCUCCGAGGCACCCACAGGCCUCUGGGCCUUGGGUCCUCUCUCUGGGGCAAGCCCCUUCAGCCAUGGGGCCACCUGUCCCCAGCAGCCACUCCAUCAGUUUGGAGACACUGCAGUCCCCGCUUGGGCGCUCACCCAGCAGGGCAGAGCUUCCCCGGGAGGGGCAGAAAGCCGGCCCCGGGUGCGCAGGCUUCUUCUGCCAAAGCCAGUGAGCAGGGGCUGCGGGUUCAGGGCCCAGCCCGACCCGGAGCUUCCGCCUCUCUGUAACCUCCCGGGCUGGGGCGCAGCCCCUUCCACGGGCCUCAGAAACCAGCUCAAGGAAGAGAUGCCGUGAGGCUGCCCAGCUGUCUCUCCAGCCCCCGCAGGACUCUAGGGCCCCUUCCCUGCAGCCAAACUGACACCCACCUGUAUACUGAACCGGCCACUCCCUGGCUGGGGUGGUGGGAGGCUCUGCCCAGAGCAGCCCCUGGUAAGGGCCCUCCUCUCCGAGGUGCCGGGCCAGAAGUGGGGAGUUCUGGGCCCGGCCAGCCUGGGGUCUGGGCCGGUGGGAGACCUCUCCGCCUGCAGCUUCUGGUCUCUGGGGCCUCUGUCUCUUUUCUACUGGAAGAAAAUGAGUUUUAUCGUCUUUUAAAAAUAAAUCACUAUGAAAGUAAUAAACUUUUUUAAAAGCAAACA